AUGUCAAGUAAGAUAUCGAUCAAAGAAGCUAAGGUCCAAUUGAGAAAAGCAGUCAAAAAAAAAUUGAAACAUGUCUCAAAUCAAUCGUUAAUACUGCAGUCAGAUGACGUAACAGAGAAGCUCAUCCAAACGGAUUACUUCAGGGAUUCCAAGAAGAUUGCAAUAUUCAUGAACAUGCAACAUCUGGAAAUCCAAACUUUACAAUUAAUCAGACAUUGCUUUGAAUCUAAAAAGUCUGUCUUUUUACCUAAAUGUAACGGUGAAAAUAAUGAGAGCUAUCUUUCAAUGUUGAAGAUGCAUAGCUUUGAAGAUGUAACAAAAUUGCAACCUGAUGGAAAGUACGGAUUAUUGGAGCCAAAAAACGGUGAAAAUGUAUUUGACGAGGGGGGCCUUGAUUUGAUUGUAGUUCCCGGUGUCGCUUUCACAAAAUUCAAAGCAAGGCUAGGACAUGGAGUUGGUUAUUAUGACAAAUUUUUUGAUAUGUAUUUGAAAAAGUUUGGUAAAACGCCUCAAUUAAUUGGAGUUGGUCUAAAGGAGCAAUUAGUCGAAGAUAUUCCUAUGGAGGAUCAUGAUUGGUCAUUAGAUUGCGUAAUAAUUAGUGGUUAUGAUGCAUUUAUUUAG